UUCGGCCUCAGCGGAUACGUCAGUGCGCGAGGCCCGAGUCACACACGUAAGAUGGAGCUGUAUCGGGUCUGAGACACCAGCCUGUGUACAGUGGAUCAUGGCCCUCCUCGUGUGAGAACUUCAUUGUCGGGGGUCCUCCUCAGUCCUGGCGGACAAUGAACUUGUACACCGACACGGACCCAGCGGCCGGCGAGGAGACGGCGGUGCAGCAGUGGAUACAGGACGGCUACUCCAUGCUGUGGAUGGAGGAGGAGGAUUACCGCUGCGACAGUGAGGUUGAGGCUGACAGCGACCAUGAGGACCACGAAGAGACCCUGGAGCAUCAUGGCGGAUGGCUGGGCAACAACCUAGUUCACUUUCACAUGGAUCUGGACUCCAGUGAGACAGGGACAGUCCGACGGCGUGCCAAGACGAUUGUGACGCCCAAGAUGGCCAUGGAGAGUUUCCGGCUGUCUUUCCUCAAUGACGACCAAGAUGUCAACUUUGAUGCCAUCCUGGGUGAACUCUCGGAGCUGGAAACGCAGCUGAACUCCACUCAGUCCGAAUUGUCCCAGACCCUAGGGCGUGGGGGCCCCGGACAUCUUCCUCAAUGUGCGCCGCUCGACGGAAGGGUGGAGGGCGGAAGUGACGUAAUACAAGCCGAACUGGACGCUUUGGCAGCGGAGAUCACGCAGGGGCUGAGCUACCGGAAGACCAAUGGACAGCUUUUCCACCCGGAACACAUGGGCGACACGGGUGAGACCGAUUCGGCUUUCUCUGACAACACGUCUUUGCCCUCCUCCGAGUCCUUCACCUCCAUGGCCACCGUGUCGUCGUCGGCGGAAACGACGUCGUCGUCAUCUGGAGAGACGUGCAGCAUGAACAGCGCUGUGUCUACACUGACCAUGCACGGCGAGGAAGAACAUCUAGCCCGGCUGAAGGCGGAAAAAAUCAGGAUCGCCCUGGAGAAGAUCAAGGAGGCCAAGAUACGGAAGUUAUUCGUGAGAGCCUUUGCCAAGGACGGUAGCAGCAAGAGUAUCCUAGUGGAUGAGAAGAUGACGGUGAGCCAGGUGUGCUCCGUGCUGGCUGACAAGCACCACGGACGAUUGACCCACGACAUGGCUGUCAUCGAGCACAUGCCCGAGCUCUUCAUGGAGCGUAUCCUAGAAGACCAUGACUCGUUGGUGGAAAAUAUGGUGAUGUGGACACGUGACUCUAGGAACAAGGUGCUUUUUGAGGAAAGGCGUGAAAAAUACAACCUAUUCUUCCAUCCAGAGAAAUACCUCCUUCCUGGGACAUCAUCACAAAGAGGUACAGAACUAGCUUCAUCUCAAAGAGAGCGACUUAUUCAGGAGUUUUUCUCGCCAGCUGGAGUGUCCGUGCCAGAAGUGGAGGGAGCACUGUUCCUCAAGUCAGAUGGAAAGAAAGCUUGGAAAAAAUACUUCUUUGUUUUACGAGCCUCUGGUCUGUACUACAAUCCCAAGGGCAAGGUCAGCAAGGCUCCCAAGGAUCUAGUUUGCCUGGUACAAUUUGAAUAUGUUGAGGUGUACUGGGGUCUUGGCUGGAAGAAGAAAUACCAUUCGCCCACAGACUUUUGCUUUGCUCUCAAGCAUCCACAAAUUCAGAAGAAGACCUCCAAAUACAUACGAUACUUCUGUGCAGAGACACAAACCUCCCUUGAUCAGUGGAUAAUGGGCAUCCGCAUUGCCAAGCUUGGAAAGCAGCUUCUUCACAACUUUGAGCGGGUCCACCAUGAAGUCGCCACUUGGGAUCUGCGCCAGGCUACUACUAUUGCAGACGGUUCUGACCUCUCCACUGGAGGGGAGGGAUUAGAGCAUUGCAGUGACCACUUCCAGGGUCUGAACCAGACCUCACUUCAGGACAGCCGCCUGUCUGUCCUCACCCCCUCUUCACACCACACCAUCGUAACUGUUCACAGCACCACCCCAGGCCGCACAGUUGGGAGUGGCAUCUACCAUGGUAGUGAAGUCAUAGGUGCUGGUGUAGCACCAGUUCCUCACCGCAAAGAGCCUGAAGGUUCUGGAGAUGGAAGUACUGGUCAUAAGACUCCAACAAAGCGUGUCUCCUUCAGCACAACCCACUGCAUAAUCACAGACUCUAGUGAGCAGCUUGUGGUUGCCAAACAUCGGGAUUCCAUUGUCUCAGCGUCAACAGAUUCCUCAGAAGACUCCAGUUCAAGUGGAGAAAAUCGACACACCAUGGCCAACACGCUGAGGGGGAAACUUCGGCCCAAGCUGCCCGUGACUACAGAAACAACUCGUCUGCUGACUGAAAUGAACCAGUUGAGCUUUGACAGUGGGACCAGUCCUAGCGGAGAUGGUGGAAGCUUUGAUGAAAUUUCAUCUUUAUCGUCUGGUUCUUCCACGUUGUCACGUCACACCUUUUCACGGUCCGAUCGUCGGAGAUCUUCCAUGUCUGACAGACGUGGAUCUACUGACUCGAACAGUCGAACAACUCACCAUCAUCGCAUGAACGGCAACAGUGCGCCCCCCAUGUCGCCCCCUGCCACCAUGGGAAGGCGACAUUCCCAUGAAGGAAGCCCAGGGCGAAUGUCUCCCCUCAUGCGGCAUUCUGGGACCCAGCAGUGGGUGGAGGAUGUGCAGUAUGGUAUUGAGUCUGUGCCGGAUGGCUCGCGAUCUGCACAGGAUCCAUAUGCUGGACCUGACCGCUAUAUGUAUGCUGGAGGUAUGUCUGUCUAUCAGCAACAACAGUAUCAGUAUCAGCAACAACAGCAGCAGUACCAACAGCAGUUGCAGCAGUAUCAAGAGCAGUACCAGCUACACAAGCAGUUCCAACAGCACCAACAGCAGCCAUCCUCACAAUCACAGUGUCAGGAGCUGCAGCAGCAACAAUCAUAUUAUCAAGAACUACCCACUCAGUAUCAAGAUGUACUUCAGCAGCCACAGUAUCAGGAACUGAGGGAACAGGACUCCAAAUAUCCAGGGCUACUACAGGAGCAGCCGCCUGGGCAUCAAGAACAUCAUCACCAGAAACAUCCGUCAUGUCAAGAGUAUGACAUCAACCCUCACUUGUACGCUACUAUUGGUCAGAUGGGUGCUGCAAUGCAUCCUACUACCCCUGGUGCACUAGAAACUGCCACACCACCACACUAUGGAGAACAUAUGAAGCCACCAGAGGCUCCUUCACUACCUCUGCCUCAUCCACCAUCUGGACAAUUAAAACAGCUGCAGCAGCAGUCCAAGGUAGGCCCACCCCCAACAGCUCCAAAACCUGCUCCACCCCCACCCAUUCAUCCGCAACAGCCCCCUCCCCCUCCUCCUGUGUUUCCACAACAAGCUCAUCAGCUUCCUCCUGCCCCCACACUUCCACAGCAAGUGGCCCCGCCCCUUGUGCAUCCUCAACAAGUACCCCCACUCCCACCUGUGCCCUCUCAGCAAGUACCACCUCCUCCAAUGCUUCCACAAGUCCUCCCAGCUUUCAUGCAUUCUCAAGCACCUCCACCUGUGCCUCCCCAGCAAGGACCACCUCCCCCAAUGCUUCUGCAGCAAAUAUCUGCACCCCCCAUGCAUCCUCAAUCAGUACCCAAACCUCCACCUGUGCCCUCUCAGCAAAUACCACAUCUCCCAAUGCUUCCACAGCAAGUGCCCCCACAUCCCAUGCAUCCUCAACAAGCACCUCCACCUGUGCCUCCUCAAGUACCAGCUCCCCCAAUGCAUCCUCAACAAGCACCUCCACCUGUACCCCUCAGCAAGUCCCACCUCCCCUGUGCCCCCACAGAAAGCACCACCUCUACCACCAACUGUGCCCCCUCAGCAAGUACAUUUAACCCCAUUGCUUCAACAACAGGUGCUUCCUCCUUCCACACACCCUCAACAAGCACCCCCACCACCAGUGCUUCCUAAACUGUACCUAUGCCAACAGAGGGUACAAUUUAUGGUACCACCGGCAGACAUGAUAUUGGUAGGGGGCAUGUUACAAGCCCUAUGGUGGAUGGAGCCAGAACUCUACCACUGACCAGUUCAAAACCUGGACCUCCCCCUUUAAAGAUUCCAACACCACAAGCUGGCAAAGUGGGACCACCUGUUUUGCCCAAGUCCUCGGCAGCAAGUCCCAUGUCUCCCAUAAAUGUUCAUGGACAGUACAGAGCAGGGCAGAGCGGCAUGUCUACAUCACCUAUGUCCCCAGUGUGCUCUUCAUCUGCACCUUCCACUCUCAUGAAAUCUGGGGCUACAAGCCCCGCUGCUUACCACUCACAAGGUCACAUGGUCAGCAGUGCAGACAACUAUUAUGAAAUGGUCCAGCAGUCUAGUGGAUCUCCAAACUCCCCCCACAGAAUCUCUCAUGUUAAACACCCUUCCACAGGGUCUCCUAUGCUUGGAAUGGGAUCUAGCCCAACUGCUAGCCAAGGUCCUACACCUUCUGACAGUGGUUACAUUGAAGGAGAUUCAUCUUCAUGUGCAGGGUCACCAAGCAACCUUCCAUAUCUUGUUGAGUUGUCUCGAAGGUCUCAGGCUCCAGGCUUAGGCACCAGUCCCCCCAAGAUAUGUGCACAAGUUUUGGAAACAGCUGGACAUGGAGCAGCCAGUCAUCGACGGUCAGCCUCCGCUGGCAGUUCCAUUGUCAAAGGGGGUGCAAAACAGGAUGCAGGUAAGCGAGCCCCUCCACCACCACCACCAAAACGUAGUGAAACAACGCGUCUGUCAACAGAUGUAAAGCCAGGGAAGGGAGAGACCCCACCAGCAUCUCCUUCAACACAAAUGGCAGAGCAGGGACCUCCUCUGACAGGUGCCAUUUAUGAGAACUAUGAAGGAAUCAUCGACAUAAAUGAUCUUCCACCUCCACCGCCAGAACUUUUAAUUGGGCUGGCAGAGUCUUCAGUCAACCCUUCUGCUGCUGCAGUUCAUGGAAAUACUGCAGGCCAACUCACCAGCAGCAAAAAGCCACAAAAACUUCCUCCACCACCGCCAAAACGUAGCAAGGAUACUCAGCUUUCUCAUCACUGAGGCCUGUGAUUGAUAGAACAUCCAGAUCAAAGAGCAUAUUAUUAGUAUGAAUGUGUGCAUGUGUGUGAAUGUUCAUACAUGAAGAGCAUUUACUUGGAAUCACUUCUCCAUAACUCUGACAAGAGAUACAUUGGGUCAAAAACUGCUUGCACACAGCUGCAGUCAAAAAGGAAUUUUCCUGUGUUUUCUACGUGCUUCUCUAGUCACAAAAUUGAAACCUAGUCCUUUUGUGUAAACUUGGUUCAAACGUGUUUCCUUAUUGGAUCUAUGUGUGGUGUCAGGAGUUCAUGGUCAUUUUUCUUCUUGCCUUUGCUGUGGCCAAUAUGGUGCAAUGUGGACAUUAUGUUGUGGGCUUUAUCAACUGCCAUGGAAAAAAUGUUUAACUGUGGUAGGGAUUGCUGGAUGCAGAGUUUAAGCAUCAGUUCAUCUUUCUAUACUUGACUGGCUUUUGUCUAACCAGUCGUUGGAUAAGACUUGAGUGCCAAUCUCCAUGCAUGUGUAUUUUGCCUGUCAGUUAUGAAUGGAUUAUGAGUUGACAGGUUUUUUUUUUAAGUUUGCCUUACUAUUGUUUUGCUGUGCAGUGAAUUAUGAAAGUAGAAUAAACAUGAUGAACUAAGAGUGUACUUCAUUGCUCUUUAGAGUUACCAGUAUGAGUAAUCAAGCUUGAAAAUAAAGUACUACCUACAUGAUAGAUGCUACUAGGUUCUGCAUUCUUGUAUCUUGCAGUAGUCCGAGGCAUCAUCAUUGAAAGUCUGCAGUGCAUUUAGAUUGAUUUCUGUAAGCAUAUACAUUUCUGAAUGGAAGUUGUUUUACAUGCAGUGAAUUUUGACAAAGUGACUUCAGUGUCUAAAAAUACUGAUGUCCUGAUGUUUAAAGUAGUCACUGCUGGUGCAUGUAAUUAUGUUGUCAUCCUAAUUUUUGUUGCCACUUUGAAGUAUUAUUUGAGUGUGGCUUAUAAAAUAAAUGUUUGCAUGCACAAUUGCUUUUAUAGCAAUAUUUAUAUCGGCAACUUGCUGCAGGCUCUCCCAUCUUAAACAUUUCACACCUUGAGACCAAAUAUUCCACCAUUCUUUUCGAUCUUUAGACUGGGCCUUCUCUUAUACUUUUACGUUUGCUGUCUGAAAGAUGGAAAACCUGUUAGAAAACAUUUCUUUUAAUUUCUUGUUCUUUUAAAAUCAUUUUAUGAUUUGUGUGUGGUUGUGAUGUUUUUAAUGAAUUCAUUGUAAAUAGAUUUUUUAAAGACAUGCUGACAAGAUGUAUGCAGAGCAUAUGUUGAUGGCUUGAUUUUAAGAUAUACAAACUGUGUAAGAGAUGUUCAUUUUUCCCUCAUAUUUAUAUCUUUUAUUUUAAAACCUAAAAAGAAACAAAGGAAUUGUUUCAAUGUGGUUCCAAAGAAAAGAAUUUCUUUUACACCAGAUGUGUGCAUUUUCAGUCUUUUGUUUCAAAAGUGUUCCUUUAAUAAUUGCAUCCUAAUUAUAAAUUAAUUUGUUUUUGUUCCUAUUUAUUUCCUUGGAAAAGAUUUUUUUAAACUUCUUUCCAGACAAACAACAGUGAUGAUUUAUCAAACAAAUAAAUGCUACAUGACAAUAACAUGUUAAAGUAAUGAAAUAAUUUUGAAUAUGGUGGGCUAGGAAUAGCUACUCUCACAUGAAAUGAUAUGCUUUCUGAGUUGUGAGAAGUGUUCAUCUAGUAACUUCUACGUUACAGUGGUGUGUGUGUGUACAUAUACAGGUACAACAUUAGUUGAAAAGACAUACAUGUAUAAGAGAAUUUCUGAAAGUCAGAAUAAAUUAUCCCCAAACCAACUAGCAUAUUUGUAAUGCAUUGGAAAAAGUUCUGAUGCAUGCAUAGCCAGAUUGACACUUAGACAUUAAACCAAAGAAAAACCACAAUUUUCUAGGUAUAAAAAUUUAAGUUGUUGUACUCUAGUUAUGCUGUUACUACUACAGUACAGGAUUAGCUGUUGCAGUAUUCCUGCAGAUAACUCUCGGGAAGUUUGAAUAUUUUUGUUUGUAGAUAUGCAAGGAAAACAUCAAAUCAAAUCAGAUCUUGUUGGCAACCAUGCUUCUUCACAUGUUUUAGAAACUCUGUUACAAUCUUCAGUCUUUUUAGGGGGAAAAUACUUUUUAACAUUAUGCAGGGCUUCUGCUUACACAAAAAAUUGCGUACAGUACGCAUUAAAAGUUCGGAGGACCCCUUCAAUUUUCGUCAAUGGGGUCCCCUUCAAAUUUGGGCGAAGAACAGGGACCCCUUAAAAAUCUGAAGAAGGGGUCUGGGACCCAAAGAAUUUAGCCUUAGCAGAAGCCCUGAUUAUGUGAACUGUUUCUAUCCUUUCACAUGGCACCAGUUUAUAGGACUCGUUGCCUGGCAGUGAUGUAGCCUUAGCAGCUUGCUCGGCCCUAAUAUAGCCUUAGCUACUGCAUGGCUCGGGGUCAAACAUUUUCCUUCUCUUCUCAUCCCCAUUCCAGUCCGGUUUUCAUUAUUGGUCCAGUGGAUCCUCAACAGUUGCUGAGGACUGUUUAGGUGACAAACCUUUUUUUUUCAGUUGUCUUCCCCUGAUCAGAUUUAGUUUCUGGUGAGAAAGAUUUUCAUAGCCACAGUCAUCCAUUGUAUUGUACACCAGUCAGUCUCAGUCAGCAUGUUUCUUUAAAGUCUUUUCAGACAAUCUGCUUGCUCAGUCAAAUAGCAAUGUCCUGUACUUUUUUUUACCUUCAUUUAAAACACUGAGAUGCAUCUGCUUUUAAGCUUUGAUGGCUUAUUGGGGAUUUGAUGUUAGAUACAAAUUAGCUACAGUGGCACCUAUGAAUAGCAAAAACUCUUGAAAUUAAACAAUGUUGCCUGUUGGCGGUUGGGGUAUGGGCAAGAGAUGAGGCUUUCUAGCAGCAGUGAAAAACCUUUUCAAGUAGACUAGCAAAAAAUGGCAGUGAUGCAGCAAUCAAUGUUGGCAGUAAAUUCUUGAUAUUUGAUAGUCUGGGGCUUCCUCUGUCAGAUUGACGGCAUAUCAUAGCUAGCUUGGUGUGUUACAACUGUGCAGUGUCAGCUCAUCGGGUAGGGAGUAGUGUUACAUUUCCAGCACUAUCAGUGUUGUUUCAGAUUAUGUUCUGCUAGGUCUCAUCACACAGAAGAUAGCAGAGUGAUGUGAUGUUGACAAGAGAGAAAUAGCAGAUACAACCUGGAGUUACAACUCCACUUCCUACUCGCUGUGUCAGUAGCAUAACACCAUUAGACAGGUACUGUAGCUUAUGGUAAAUUACAGUGAUUAAUGCCAUCCCCAGCAGUUAAAUAGCUAAUUAAAUAAAGACUGAAAAUAUUAUAGUAGAAGUAUUAAUGUUGUCUUUUUCAGGAAUUAACAGGCGAUAAUGAUCUAGAAAACAUGCUGAUGUUGACAGUAAUGCACGAGGCAGCGAGUUCCUUAGGUAGAAACUGACUUCAAGUUUACCAUGGGGACCACAGGCAAACUGCAUUUAUGAAAGUGGCCAAAGCGGAAAGAAAACUUUUAAUUUUCGAUUGCUUGGACAGUUCUGUACUUUGUGUUAUCUGACCAUGAGCUUUCACUUUUUUAACAUUUUGUCCUUAAAAGGAUAUUCAGUCACUAAAACCAAAGCCUCAUUUUUCAUCCAAGUUUAUGUUAAGGUAUGAAUUGUUGCUUCCAUUUUCCUGCGCUAGAUGCAGAGAAUUAAGGUGUUUGUCAUAUUUUAAGUGCUUAUUAUUAUUCCACUAUGGGAACUUUCUAUAACUGCUUUCAGUAGAAAUAAUAUCAGAGGCAGCACCAGAUGACAGCAUGCACUGGCCUAUUGCAUGGCGGUGUCCUGUGGGAAUUGCUGUUAGUUUACAGCGGGUAUCUGAAGAGCUCAGUGAACAGUCAACAGGCUGGUUGAUCUCAUUUACGCAUAAGCGCAUAAAAGUACACAUGCAUCCAUCCACACCUGCAUGUGUCUGCAUAAUUCACCAGUAGUUUCAGAACUUCCUCUUUUUUAUACCACACAAGUUCAAAUUUGUGUACAGCUUGUUGCAAAAAUGUGCACCAGUGUUUGUCAUGAACAAAGCAUAAAAAUUAUUGCCACCACUUUCAGGCCAUUUUCAUCAUUUAUAGACAAGAUGACAGUUUGAAUAAUUUAGAAACAUCAACAGGAAAUUAUUAACAGUAUCAUUCUGCUGCAUAAUAUGAGUGUUAAGCUCAGUAUAAUAUUGAUUUGUGCUACAAGAAGAGUGAAUAUUGCCAUCAUGGUGUCCAAUGGUUUCAUUAUUUUUAUGCAUUGGAUUUUCUUUGGUUAUUUAUCACUCACCCUUUUGUCUCAACUAUGCCAUUUCUGUACCUUGUUGUUCUUAACAUUUCAUCGACAUCUGCAAAUGUUUGAUUACCUGCAUGUUCUUUCAUUGGUAUUUAAUCUAGAAUCUGAGCACAAGAUUUGAUAAGGUGUAUUUCACAUUUUGUUUUCUGUAACUGUGGGUUGCAUACUUGCUGUUCAUGCUGUACCAUUCCUUGUCUGUAGGGUUUUGCAUGAUGUUUAAAACUUUGGGCCAGCCUUGCCUGCUGUGUUCUUCAUGAAGCUUGAAAUUGGCCAGUCACUAUAACUAUGCACAGAACAAUCAUGUGUUCAUUUCUAAAGGUUUUUAUUGUUAUUUUGUGAAACUGUGUGUCUGGGGGUCCAAAAAACAAACUCACGACAGCUGUUUUAAGAUUUACAGAUCUUAGGCAUUGUGAUGCCGAAUAGAAUAAUGGGUAUUGAGGAUCACACAUUUUGUACAGAAUUUUUAGCCUUACAAAAUUUUCACCUGAUGGACAGCUGAAAAGCCAAAACCCAUGCUAGCAAAAUCUGGUCAGCGUGAAGACAGUUUGCAGUGCAGUCUACAAGUUUUGCCACUCCUUACAAGAUGGACAGUUUGAUCAAUUGCCUGAGUAUUGUAGUGUGUACACAAUCUAGGGAAGCUUUCAGUCUGCUUUUCUUGCAUCUUUAUUGUUUUGUUUCAUUACUCUGACUUGAUGCAGAAAGAACUGAUCUAUAACAACAUCUUGUUUUGAAAGGCAUGUAGAUUUUCAGACUGUGCGUUGGUUAUGAGAUUUAGACCAUGGUCGUUUGCACAUAAGAAGUAUGAGGACUAGAUACAAAUUUCUUCGGCUUUGUGUGCCAACAUUUCUUACUAAUAAACAAGGAUCUGUUUAGUUUCCAGUUGGUACUGUGUACUAGUAGUAUAAACAUAUUGCCUAACAGUUGAAAUUUGUCAAGUAGAAAUGAUCUCAGGAACAGAUACAUCACAAGCAACUUUGAAACUUUUAAAUUUGGUAGAGAUAACAACCAUGUGUACUUACAACUUUGGUUGUAAAAGAUCUGGGAUGUGAGGAGAAGGGUAUGUUGGUAAAAUUCAGUUGGUAAAACAACCCUAACAUUCCAAGUCUCUUUAAUGCUGGCUGGCUGCAGUGUUUUUAAUAGCUUCUCUUAUGCUACUGUUCGGACCAGCACAGCUAUCGCAGCCAGCUCGGUCAGUUUAAAAAAUUUCAAAAAGCAAGAGUUGCACUUUCGUGCAGUCAGGUGGCAGGUGUAAGAGGCUUUUCAUUUUACUGAAGAUGGAGAUCAGACAAUAUUCUAGCCUAUAUCAUCUUGUAACUCAUUUUGAAGAUCACUUGGGAGUUCUGAACUAAUGUAGACAUGGCAUUCUAGAAGGUUAGCAUGUCAACACUGUGAAAUGAUUCUACUGGCAUAUUCAGUGCUGUCAUAAGAUGGUUUGAAAACCCCAUGAAUUCUGCAAUAGAGGGUAAAGCUUGGGAAAUUUUACCUAGAUGGGCUGGAUGAUACAUUUUACUCAGUAAAGGUUACACAAUCUGUUGCAAACCUACCGUUUGACAUACUACUGGAGGUGAGAAUAAAAUCUUUUAAGCUGUCCAGUUUAUUUAUUUCUUUUUGACAAAUGCUCUCUUACACACAGUUUUUCAGGCAACAUAUCUAUUGGCCAAAAUGUCCAUUUCAAAUUUGAUGAAGAGUGUGAGGAUGUGGGUCAUCACAUUUUUGUCACAGCUGUAAAGUAUGUAUGUGCUUGCAGGAUUUUUUUUUAAUCAGUGCCAGAGUUCAAAGUUCUAAAGAAGACAGCAUAUGACUGCAUGUCGUUCUUCCCUUGUACAAAAACGUCCAUAUUUACCUAGAAACCUUGAUUCCAACUUGCUGCAAAAUACAAUGUCAAAGUAACUGCUGGUGUUGCACUGCCAACAACAACAUUCCCCAUUUGCCAUUGAUCCAUCCAUCAACAUCCUGAAUGUCGGCAGUCUUGAAGCACUGAGGAAGACCACCAUUUGAGGACAUCACAUUUUCAUCACAACAAUCACAGAUGCAUAAUGAGUAGCCCACCCACUACCUGAUUUCUGAAGCUUUUUACGCUACUUGGCUUCCUAUUAUCUGGUCUACCUCAGUCUUGCCCUGCUAAACUUGAGCAUACUUGGAAAGCUGCUCAUUUAUUAAUCCAUUGAUACUAUCCAUGACUUCUACUCUGGCUACCUGUUGACAAUGGAAUCUCUCCAAGAAUUGCUUCUGCUUCAUAAAUUGACAAUAUUUAAGCUAGCACCACCGACUAUCAGAUCACAAAUUCACAUUUUUAUCUGGUCUUUGCUCUUAAACACUAUAUAUCACAAAACCAAAAGCCAACUGGACCAAAUGCUGUUACACAUGUAUCUCAUUCAUCUGUCACAUCCACUGGUCAUCCAAGUUCUGGAAUCUCCAAUCAAAGCCCCAUGCUAUUUUUAUUUCAGUGUGAUUAUAUUGUAGUAUGACUGGCAAUGGUGAUUUAGUGUCGUUGACAAAAGGAGUGUGUCUUAUUAUUAUGUCUACUGCAGAAAUUGACACAGACUGUUCUGGUAAUGUUCAUAAAUGACAGUCAUCAUUACUAUCUUCAUCUGGCACCUCUCCCCACCUUGUAUAUCUGCUUCAUGUUAGUAAUGUGUGCAUUACUAGUUGACUACGAAGUGAUGCCCAUAAUCACCCGACAAGUGUAUGGUACCAACAACUCAGUAUACAGCUACUGGGUAUUUUUUUUUAGAUGUUUUACAAUACAGAUGUUACAUCUUGUGAUGUGCCCAAUUUUUGAAAUAAAUUUUAUCUGCUGUCUGA